AUGGCAUUGGCAAACGACACGCUCCAAGAACUCAUUGUGAGCUACAAUGAGCUGAACUCGUCAGUCAUUGAGGAGCUGGACGAGGAACCAAGUCCUCUGGAAUUCAUGCGCUUCGUAGCAAAGAACACGCCGUUUGUCAUUCGCAACGGGGCAAAAGACUGGCCAGCCACCAAGCAAUGGAACGUAGAGUAUCUAAGGGAGGCGCUGAGGGGCCAUCAGGUCAAUGUUGCAAUCACGCCGUACGGGAACGCCGAUGCACCGACGCUCUAUGCUGACGACAAUACCGUAUUCGCCAAGCCACACGAGGAAGAUCAACCCUUUGAAGAUUUCAUCGACUACCUGACGAAACAGGAACUAGAAUCGCCCAUUGAUCCCGUCGAGGUGAGGUAUGCACAAACACAGAAUGAUAACCUACGCCACGAAUACUCGUCCUUGUUUUCGGAAACCCUGAGGUCUAUUCCGUUUGCACGCAUAGCCCUGGAAAAGGAACCUGAUGCCAUUAAUAUGUGGGUCGGCAACUCGUUUUCGACAACGGCGAUGCAUCGUGACAAUUAUGAAAACAUUUACGUGCAGAUUGCCGGUCAGAAGCAUUUUGUCCUGCUCCCGGCCCUCUGCCAGCCCUGCAUCAACGAGCAAGACCUGCGUCCAGCUAUCUACGUUCGGGACGGAGACAAACUGGAGCUCAAGCUAGAGGAUGGACCUCAUGUUCCCUUUGCCGUGUGGGAUCCCGAUCGAUCUCAUGCAAAUACGACUAGGUAUUCUCACCUCGCACAGCCUAUGCGAGUCACGCUGAAUCCGGGAGAUAUGCUUUACUUGCCAGCCAUGUGGUAUCACAAGGUAUCGCAGUCUUGCUCAGAAGAAGGGCUCUGUGUAGCCGUCAACUACUGGUAUGAUAUGGACUUUAGCGGUCCCUUGUAUCCCUUGACAUCGUUUGUCCGGGACACGGCACGUCAGACAUAG